AUGUUGCGAAGCCUGAAGAAAUACAGAGAUGGCAUCGCCAACAGCAACGAUGGCUGGACUGACUCAGAGCGGACUCCACACCGCCGUGUUCCGAAACAGAUCAGCCAUAAAGUCCAAGCGAAAGCGGAAAGGUCGGCUGCUGUACCUGUUGGUCAGGCAUCUACCACUCUGCUUGCUCGCUCUCCACUUGCCGUCCGUCGUCAGCUCCCAGCACCUCGCUCACCUCCGCGUUUACAAACUGUCCAAUCACGUUUCGAGGAAAUUCGACUCCGCCAACGACCCUUAGAAAUUCGACGGGCACAAGUCAUCCGUGUUCCACUAUCACAAGCGGAUCACAUUCGCAAGCCAACUCUAUUUACCACCAGCAAUCUGAACAGAUCAACACCUCACAAAGACGUCCUGGAGAGCACUGUGCGACAAAGGACUGUACCGUUACCGCCGGUGGAACCACCUCGGCAGUGGGCUAGACAUCGAGCUCGAGUUCGACUCCGUCGGCCUACUAAUAAGCAUUUAACAGAUCUCAGAGCACCAUCUCGAGUGUCAGCGAUGAAUAGGGAUGUUAUCAGAGGCGAAGCUGCGACGUCAGCCGAUCUAAUCUCAGAUAGCGAUGUGGAAAAAGCGGUACUGCAAGCGAUCAUAGAGUCAUCCACAGCAUCGUCGAGGAAAAAUGGUCGAAUUCAUCGACCACCUUCCCAUCGAUUGUCCACUCAUAGCAGCAAUUCCGGUGGCGCUUCGAAAAAACCAGUGUCCUUAAGAAAAGAAGUAUCGCCGUCUACACUGGUUACGGCUACAACACGGCCUACGAAUCGACAUGUAACGCCCUUAACGAGACCACCAAUAAUCUCAACCAAGAGUACCCCAAAACUCACUACAAAAUCUCUCAAUAACGUUCAUCGUGAAGUCAUACAGAUCGUGGAACCUAUAAUAGUGAAGAGCCCAAGCGCAGUUGCAUCCCGGCCUCUUCCAUCGACAUCUAGCCCAACAAUACCACUUUUCAGCUCUUCCAGACGACGAGUAACCAGCCUUCUCAAUCGCGCACAGAAUCAGCGGGAGUUCAACCUCAAUCGUGCCCUUCACAAACAGAGCAGUACCACUCUUUCACAUCUAUCGCUUGUCUCUUCUUCUUUGCCUACACCUACAGUCACUUUCACGGAAGCGACAACAACCACUGUACCUUCUUCGGAAAAUGAAGCAAGUGCUGCCGCUCAAAUGAAUUCUCCCGAUUUCACUCCUUCUUCAAGCACUGCUGCAGAACUACCUUCCCCUGUUACAACUUCUGAUUCCUUACUCAGAACUAAUAGCUCGGACGAGAUGCCAGCGAUUGCGACGAAAACUGUCGAGUCGGAGACGGAAGUCGUCAAGGAGACAUCGGUUCGAAGAAACCUUGUGGAUCACUCGACGUCCAACGAAGAUGCGUUCGAUAUCGACCCUACAGAAUUUGAUAGAAGGCCUACAAUCAUUCCGCCUUCUAGGCCCUCUUCGAUGAGCGAAGUGAUGGAAGGCUCAGCAGACAUCGCAGAGGGACACUCCACGACGGCUUUCACCACUAUCACUACGAUCACUAUGUCUGAUGACUUGACUACUUCCACUGCAAUUCCCAAUUCUACGUUUGAUUCCAUUGAGAACGAUGCCACACAAGAGACUACAACAAACUCGACACCAUUCCCUUUAACAUCGCUGCAGGACGUGCCACUUCGGAAUGUUAUCCCAAAGGAAGAAUUAAACGCGAAUCUCAUCGAAGGGAGAAACAAAUACUCACAACAGGAUUCACUUGCUCAUAAGAUUGACUUCAACUUAGAUGGCUUGACGCCGACAUUGACACCGCCACCGUCGUCACCAUCGCCGAUGCCCAUGUCGUCAGUGCAAGAGAUUGGAGCGCCAGGAGCUGCACCACCGAAUGAUUCAGUGGUGGAAGCACUGAAUCGUGCCGAGAACUUCAUGGAGGUGGCUCGUCGUCUCCGCAUACUCCGAAGCGAAUUCCCUCAGCAACGACAGCGAAGGUGGGCGAAGAUCGACGAUGAAGUGCCGGCCAUCGCCAAUCUGCUCUAA